AUGGAUAUUGACGUGAACAUCCUAGGCAUAAUAUACAAGCAGGUAAUCGUCGAUGUAGCUACCAGUUUGAAGAACCCCCAGAGCAAGGAAUCUUCAGAGAUACUAAAGAAGCGGAUACAGUCGUUUGAAGCAAUAGCAGAGAAUAUAGAGACCAGGAUACGGCGGACGAGGGAUGUGAUAGCACGAGAUAUUAACAAACAUCAGCAAGAAAUACAACAGAAAGAAGUGCAGGAGAAUGCGCCGGAAGAAACCCCAGCUGAAGUAGCACCAACAACAAUCGAGGAUAAUAGCCUGUCUAACAACACAUUCUCGAUAGAUUUCGAUAACAGCCUGAUGGGGAACGAUCUGGACUUAUUCGGUGAUCCCUACCUGUCUUAAUAUUGAUUUAGAAAUAC